AUGAAGGCAUCCCUCUCUUUGAUCGUUGCAGCUCUGGCCGCUGGUGUCGUUGCGGAUCUUCACUAUACCGGUGUUUGCGUUGAUUCCAACGGCGGUGUCGAUGCCUAUAACCGGGCUGCCACCGAGAAGGCCUGUGCCGCGUACAAGAAGCGCAACACCGGCGACAAGCAAUGGGACCAGUGCCCCGACUGCACAGUGAAGAACGAGAAGGACCUCCUCUACUACUGCGAAUCCGCAGCGCAGCACAUUGGAGGUGACGAGCUGCUCUACUAUUGCGAACAGAACGGCGCUAGUGGCAGUGUGGCCUGGUAG